AUGGAUUCGAAUGAGCUGGAGACGAAUCAGAUAGUCGUUCAUAACGAGGCUACUGCUACUGCUACUGGGUCUGUUCCGCCAGAGGAAGGAGGAGAAGGUCAGGCGAUCCAAGACGAUGAACCCGACGAUGAAGAUCCAAGAGAGCAAGACGCGUUUGAAAUCGAUAAAGCCGUAGUGGAGUUUAUAGACGAACCAUCGAUCGUUCAUGAUGAGUAUCCGGACAGUUCAAGUGAUGAAGAUGAUGAAGCUUGCCGGGAGAGAAAGCGGAACAACAUCAGAAAAGUAGAUGGGACUUUGUACUAUCACCAGACAUUCUUCAACGCCAUUGCAUUUAAGGAAGCUGUACUCGGCCAUGCUCUGAAGACUGGAUGCAACAUCGCACAAUACAUGUAUGAGAAAACCAAGAUUGGAUUUAGAUGUCCUGGAGAUGGGUGUAUUUGGCGCAUAUAUUGUGCAAUCACGAAGAAAUGUAGGAGGUGGAGGGUGAAUAAGUACAUUGAUAAGCAUACAUUUAAUCCGAAUGGAGAUUGUGAGAUGUUGAAGGUUCCUGUUAUCUCUAGGUUGUUUCUAGAUCAAAUCAGAGAAGAACCUGAGUAUUUCAUGCCAAUGAAAAUAGAACAAACCAUUAAAGCGAAAUGGAAGAUCACUGUAUCCAGGCCUCAAUGUCAAGCUGCAAGGAAUAAAGCAUUGAGAUGGAUUGAGAAAGAGUAUGAUGAGCAGUUUGCAAGGCUCCAAGAUUAUGCGGCUGAGAUACGAGAAUCAAACCAAGAUUCAACUGUUGAAAUCACUGUAUCCAGGCCUCAAUGUCAAGCUGCAAGGAAUAAAGCAUUGAGAUGGAUUGAGAAAGAGUAUGAUGAGCAGUUUGCAAGGCUCCAAGAUUAUGCGGCUGAGAUACGAGAAUCAAACCAAAAUUCAACUGUUGAAGUUAACAUUGUGACUAACGAUGCAGGAGAAGAGGUGUUCAACAGUUUCUAUGUCUGCUUUGAUGUGCUCAAGAGAACAUGGAAAGAUACUUGUAGGCCACUAAUAGGUUUAGAUGGAACCUUUAUAAAAGGUAAAGUUAAAGAAAACAUAUUAAAUUGGUUGUGGUUUGUGAGGAAGAUCAAGGCUGAUUUGGGACUAAUGGAUGGUGAUGGUUAUAUCAUAGUCUCUCAUCGCCAAAAGGGACUCAUCCGAGCUGUUGAGUUAGAGCUACCAAAGGUUGAGCAUAGAAUGUGUGUCCGACACAUUUAUGGCAACUUGAAGAAAAGUCAUGGGAAAGAUAAAGAGAUGAAGAAGUAUGUCUGGUAUAUUGCAUGGAGCUACAAUGAGAAGGAUUUUGAAGCAAACAUGAUCAAGCUUCAAAACUACAGUGAGAAUGUCUGGCGUGAUGUUGUAAAGUCGAAACCAAAAACUUGGUGCAGGGCGUUCUACAAGCAAGGGAACUUCUAUGAAGAUGUUGAGAAUAACUCAGUCGAGUCAUUCAACAACUCCAUUUUGAAAGCAAGGGACAAAGCAUUUGUGCCAAUGCUUGAGACCAUAAGGAGACUUGCGAUGGUCAGGAUUGCGAAGAGAUCUGCCGAAUCUCAUGAUCACAAUGGGAGAUGCACGCCAUAUGUGUCUAAGUUCCUUGCCAAAGAAAUUGAGAAAGCUUCAGAAUGCCAGAUAAGAAGGAGCACAAACGACAGUUACAAAGCUACACUUAGUGGAGUUUCUCAUUGGGUAAGCUUGACUGAGAGGACUUGCACUUGUCAGAAAUGGCAAAUCUGUGGCAUUCCUUGUGAGUAUGCUUAUGGAGUCAUGAUUAAUAGGAAGUUUGAGGUUGAAGACUAUGUGUGUUUCUGGUUUCGGACACCUAUGUGGAGGAGGAACUACACAGAAGGCCUUGUUCCACAAAGAGGACCUGCUUAUUGGCCAUCUACCAACCUCCCUAAUGUGCAUAGACCACCAUCACCACCGCAGCCUGGGAGGAAGAAAGGAAAGGAGAGUAAGAAGGACAAAAAGAGGAAAAGAGGACCAAAUGAGUCUCCUUCAAAAAAGGCACCUAAACAGUUCAAAAGGAUAAUGCAUUGUGGUAUAUGUGGUGAAGCUGGUCACAAUUCUAGGUUUCACUCGAAGAAGAAGUCUUCUAAACAGACAUUUGAACCAGAGACUGCUCUAGGUACUCAAGGCACUCAAGUGGAACAGUCUCAAGGAGUUGUGAUGUCUCAAGGAUGA